AUAGUAAAUCUCUAACUUUUUAGUUCUAAAGUCACUGCUUCAACUAUAGUGUCACAGUUUAAUACCCAAAAACAUAAGAUCUGCUUCUAUUAUAAAAGAAAAAAAAAGUCUUUCUUGUGAAAGGAAUAACUCAUUAAUUCAACUUCAAUUAAAAUAUAGUGAAUACUGAACUCAAUUACAUUUUCAUGCAGCUGGAAUUUGUAGAGGCUGAAACACAAACACGUAUUUUUAACAGAAAGAUAAAGCUAUCAACAAAACUGAUAAUCAAUUUUUCUAAGAGAAAGUUGAAGGUAUUAUAUUAUUAUAAAUUAAAGGCUUUUGAAAGAUUUAUCAAAUUCUAACAUGGAACUUUAUAUAUAAUCGUUGUCUUCGCUUUAUGAAUUUUUAAGACCUUGAAUUAACCGAGGUGUAUAUUUAAAUAAAAUGCAAAUGCUCUAUCUCGGGUUUCUUUUGAUAUCUCUUGUAUUAGCAACUAAAACAGUUCGUAAAGAGUCUUACAGCUACUCAUGGGAGGUCAGUGAGCACGAUAAAUCUUUUGUAAAAGUUCAAGAUACUGAAGAGUGUGCGUUAAGACACGUUGGUAUUAGUAGUAAGACAGGAAAAGCUGGGAGAAAUUUGAAAACGUUAACAAUCUUUUUGGAUGACGAAUUUUGUAAUGGUAGAAGCAUCAUCGAGACUGUUGAUUAUAGGGAAAACGAGAAAAACGCGUGGAAACGUAUAAAAAACAUAAAACAACUUAACUCGUUCAUAAAAAUUCAAAAAAGCAGUAGAAACCUUAAUCAGAUUGACAUAACAAUUACUAAAGAAAAACCUGGAAUAAUGCUAAAAAUAAACUUUGGAUGCAAAGAAAAAAAUACCAAAACACGUCGGUUUAAAGAGCGCGAUUGUAUUGUUUUUACGUAUUCAAAACUUCCUUUUAAUUUACCUAUGCCUCACUUUAAAGAUGCUGGUAUUUUAACAUCUAUGCCACACUUUGAAGAUGCCGGUAUUUCAAAACCCAUGCCGCACUUUGAAGAUGCUGGUAUUUCAACAUCAAUGCUGCACUUUGAAGAUGCUGACAUUUCUACGAAACCACCAAUUAGUGAAAUACAAAAAAAUCAAAUAAUAAAGAAGUUUGCAAAAAAUUUAUUUUCUUCCUCGCCACUCACGGAGCCUAUCCUGCCUCCACAACAAUUUAGUACACAUCUACUCCAUGAUUUGAAUAAUAAAUCAAGUUUAUUAUCAAUCUCUAAUCAAAGUGUAUUACCUAAAAAGAAAGUCGUAGGUUGGUUUCAUUUAUCCGUGAUUAUUGCUACAACUUUAGCCUUGGUUGGAAUGGUGUUUUCUUAUGCUUCGUAUCAAAUUCUUUCUGACAAAAAACUAAACUCAGAAAAAAAAAUUCUGCAAGAGAAACAUUUUAAUUUUUCAAUUGACUAUGGUUGUCCAGAAGAUGUGGCUCCUCUCGUUCAUGAAAUUCAUUCAAAAAUGUAUGCUGAUUCAACAGAUGAACAAGAAGCUUUUUUAUUGCAACAAAAAAUGUAAUCAAAUUCUUAAACAAACCUUCAAACAAAAAAGGAGAACAAAUUCUGCCUGGGUACUUGAAAAUCUUUCAUGUUUCUUAUAAACUUUGUAUUUAUUGUAUCUAAUUUUUAUGAGCUCUGAUCCUAAAAUAAAAUGACAACUUUCUCAUAGCAAAUAUUUGAAACAAAAAAAAAAAAAAAAAAAAAACUUUAAAUUAAAUUAAAACAAAAUAACUAAGAAAAUUAGAGAAAAGUUAUAGUUUGACUCCGUUAAGAUUUAUUCCGAACAAAAGAAAAAUGAAUUUAACUUGCUAUUUUCAUGUAUAUAGUAAUAGCUUUUUAUUUUGAAAAAUAAAACAGUUUAUUA